GCUGUUCAUGCGGUCUUUUCAUGUUAAACUACAUGGAAUACUGGAUAAGGGAUGUGUUGUCCAACAAUGUAACUCAGGAUGAUAUGAUACAAUUCAGGAAAAAAUUAGCUGCUAUUUUGUUAUCAUCAGAACUAAACAAGAGGAAAGGACAUCCGUUAAUCGAAGAGAACGACGAAGAAAGUGGAAGUCUAGAUGAUGUUGUGAUGCUAGAAAGUCCUCCUAAUCUAUGCAAAAGGUCACACCAAUCCGUUCAGUCUAAAGUCAUGAAUGCAAAUGAGUCCACCGAUGAAACUAGAGAUCAGUCUUCAUUGUGUGCCCUUUCCCUGGUGGACAUGCCGAUAGUCAAAGAAGAAUUGACAGACAUCUUAUGCAACUAUAUCAUGUCAAUUGAUGAUGCUGAGACAUUGGAAACACAAUGGGUACAAAGUUUGAAGCCUUACCUGAUUUGCCUAAGUGUCAAGCAACUCCAAGCAUCAUUAAAGAUGGAUCAACCCAUGUCCAAUACGUUGACUGAUUUUGGACGAGACCCAAAGUAUAGAAAAGAGCUCGAUGUUCGAGAGUUGGCCAAAUCAUUAGAAAGCUGGCCCUUUAUGAACUAUGAUGUCUCACGUUUCAAAUUUAUUCUUAUGCCAUUUGUACAACAUGGCAUGUUCUUACUUUUUAUGUUCGACCAGGAGGACAGAACUAUGACCGUACUUGACUCCAAUCCUAUUUCAUAUUGGUGUAAAGAUAUGCCAUACAAGCAGUACGCAUAUAAAAUUAUUCAUAUUGCCAAGUACUAUAUGCUUGCCAUGAGAGUAGCACGCCCUGGGUGGAACGACGAUGUUUAUAGAUGGCAGCAUAUACUCCCAGCUGAUACUCCAACGGACAUAUACGGGUAUUUAUUAUCUGGUUAUUUCGUUUUGCAAUUCAUGUGCGCAUGGAAUGGUAAAAAGCUACACACGCCAAUUUACACGGAUGGCCAAGCACUGAGGAGGCAUUUUUUGAUCAGCCUAUUGACGUAUGAUGGGAAUUCGUGUCGAUAUGUAAUACCUGCAGGUGUACGAGAAUAUCUUAGCCGUAUCGUGGGCAAGACGAUUUGA